GGAGUCCCGCCCCGCCCAACGCCGGCUGGAGCCGGGCGCCGCGUCCGCUCCGGGUGGGACGGAAACCUGGGGUUUGUCACCUCUACCCUGGGCCACCUCUGACCCGGGAGGGGCGCGGGGGAAGGACUUGUGGGCGUCUCGGUUAACGAGCUUCGGGGGUUGCGGAGGGUUAGUGAGAGGCGUGCGGUUGGCAAUUGCUUGUGCCGCUCUGCUUGGGAGCACUCGAACUGGCGCUGGGAAGACGUGAUUUUCAAAACUAAUUAUGAAAACAUUUGUCAUUGGAAUCGGUGGUGUGACAAAUGGUGGGAAGACAACACUGGCUAGGAAUUUGCAGAAACGCCUCCCAAAUUGCAGUGUCAUAUCUCAGGAUGAUUUCUUUAAGCCAGAGUCUGAGAUAGAGACGGGUGAAAAUGGAUUUCUUCAGUAUGAUGUGCUUGAAGCGCUGAACAUGGAAGAAAUGAUGUCUGCUAUUUCCUGCUGGAUGGAAAGCCCAUCACACUCUCUGGUAUCAACAGACUGGAGAAGCAUUGAGGAAAUUCCCAUUUUAAUUAUCGAAGGUUUCCUUCUCUUUAAUUAUAAGCCCCUUGACCAUAUAUGGAAUAGAAUGUAUUUUUUGACCAUUCCGUAUGAAGAAUGUAAGAGGAGGAGGAGUACAAGGGUCUAUGACCCUCCUGACGCCCCUGGGUACUUUGAUGGCCAUGUGUGGCCCAUGUAUCUAAAGCACAGACAAGAAAUGGAGAACAUCUCAUGGGAAAUUGUUUACCUAGAUGGAACAAAAUCUGAAGAGGACCUCUUUGCCCAAGUGUAUGAAGAUCUAGUACAAGAACUAACAAAGCAAAAGUGUCUGCAAGUGACAACAGUUGGAAUGCACUAAACCCUUCCUGGAGUGAAUUAGGAAUUUCAAAGGAAUAUAUUCAAGGAACCUGAACCAAGAUACAAUGUGUACUUUGGUACAGUGACAGCUGUUGUUUUGUUUUUCUGUUUGGUCUAUCACACGUGAUUUCCUUAACACAUGAAAUAGUAAGUAGUUCUCCAUGACAGCAGACAGGAAUUUACCUUAAUGAGUUGUUCUCACUCAGAGAAGUGCAUAGAUAGUGCAUAAUAGUCACAAUUAGUGAGUCAAUGUCUCUAGACCAGUGAUUGUCAAACUUUUCAGAAUGGCACCCAGAGUAGGAAAUAAGAUAUAGAACAUAAUCCAGUAUAUAUGUAAUCUAUUGAUGUGUGCAUUUGUGUGUAUGUGUCUAUAUGUGUCAGAUAUAUCAAGUAUCAUAAAACUUACCUUACAUUCAAUGCGCUCUUGAUAUUUUUCUACUUUUAAUUUUUUUUAAAUAUUGUUUACCAUCCCAUACCAAUGCUCACCUCCCACAAAUAAUGGGAUUACACAGAGUAGCAGUCAUACUGAAUAAAUCUAUAAUUUGCAACAGUA